AAAAAAUACAGUCGUUAAUUUGCUGUUGGGCUUAAGUUGUUGGCAAAUGAUAUUUGUAACCGAUUCAGUUCUGAACUGAAACCUAAAUAAAACCGUACCAACUACAGAUGAGGCAGAGGAUAAUAAAUAUAGGCAAAUGGGCAAAAAAUAAUUAUUUAUUAUUGAACAUAGCAAACAGAGAAUGCGAUAUAUAUGACACCAUGUAUUUUCUUUCCUUUUGAAAAUAUCCCUAAAACGAUGAAAAGUAUAUUCAAAAGUAAGAGCGAGGAAAUAAAAUCAGCAAUGUAAGUCCACUUACUAAAACUCUUAAACAAAUGCAUUACUGGAUUACAUAAACAAGAAAUACAGUGUAUAAAUCAUAUAUAAAAAUAUAAUAUACUGUACAUUACAACAAAAUAUAAAUUCAAAUACAGAUAAUAAAUGGCAAUGGCAGCAUUAGAUUUGUGUUAGUUUCAUGUUGGAUUGUUUGCGAACCAAAUGUUGAUCAUAUACUAUACUGAAAUAAAUGUGCCCAAUACACUACUAAAUUAAUUUAAUCAUCAAUAAUCACAGGAGGAGUCGAAAAGUAUUAUAGAAAUUGUUGAAAGGUGCUUAAAACUGAGUUCAACAUUAGCUAAGAUCAUUCUAAAUGCUGACCAAAACAUAGAAAUAAAUGGCCUAGAGUUACUGGAAAUAUAUUUUGAAGUCACUCAGUGUGGUACAUGCUUGAAAUCGAUGGUUUAACAUUGGCCAUUUGAUUACAGCUAUCCCAAAACCUAAAAGAUAGCAAUGGUAAAAUCAAACUUGAAACGCUUAAAGUUAGCUAAUGACCGGUAUGUCUUAUCUAAUACUUGACCUUUAGGACCUAGAAUUGGAUGGGGUCAGUGAGUAAGUGAGUAAUCCCCCCCAGUGAUCCACAGAGACAUUCACAUGUUCAGACUCCAACCACUGCACACAAUGGCUUCUAUUUCUGUAAAUCAGCUGGGGUUAUCACCCCACUUAUCUCUUCGUCACUGACCCCCCCUCACCCCCUGUCUCCUUUUGGUUUCCCCACCACUGUCUCUCUCACUGCCUCACAGUAGGAAUCAUGGCCGACAGAAGCAACCUGCUCAGUGUUAAGAAGAAAAAUGUAGAGAAGAAGGUGGAGGACAAGGACAAAGAGAAGGAGAAGAGCCUGAAAAAGUCCAAGAAGCCAGUGAACAAGACGCCACAACAAGAGGAGAAGACGGUGGCAGGAGGACAGCCGGACGAUGCUGCUGCCGCCGCCACAGCAGCAGCGGGAGAAGCCGCAGAAGGAGCGAACGCUGAGGGAAACGGAGAUUAUCAACCUAUUGAGCUGCCACCAUUUGAGAUUGUUUCAGGGGAACGGAUGAGUCUGUUCUACUUCAAGUUCCAGUUCAGAAACGUCGAAUACUCCUCCGGAAGGAACAAAACGCUGUUGUGCUACAGAGUGGACACGGCAGGGGGCAGCACCGAGCCCCUGACAGGUUACAUGGAGGACGAACACACCACCGCACAUGCUGAAGAAGCCUUCUUUCAGCAGGUUCUGACCAACCCCUCUCUCGACUGUGACGUCACAUGGUACGUGUCAUCCAGUCCCUGUGUGGCCUGUGCAGAGAAGUUGACCCACGUCCUUCGCCAGCGUAAAAAGCUGCGUCUCCGUAUCCUCUGUUCUCGCCUCCUCCAGUGGGAGGAGCCUGAGAUCAGGGAGGGGCUUCGAGCUUUGAACAGCGCCGGCUGCAAACUUCAAAUAAUGAAACCGUCGGACUUUCAGCUGGUGUGGGACACGUACGUUGACAAAGAGGCGGAGAACUUCGCGGCUUGGGAGGACUGUAAGGAGAACUAUGAGUUCUAUGAAGAAAAACUGUCCGAGAUCUUGCAGUUUCCUUAAGUCCUGCAAGUGUUACAAGGUGGUGUUCCGCUUAACAGGCCCAGGAUUCACACUGCGUAGGUAAAUGGGGACAUGCUUGUUUAGUUCGCCGUGGUAUUUUUUUUAAUAUUAAUGUUGUGAUCCGGCUCAAAAAAGGUAGGAAAAUAGUUUCUUUUUCUGUAAGCUGUAUGUGUAUGUGGAGAUCUCAGGAUUUACCAAACCUGUGAUGGAAACACUUGUUCAACAGCUGUUUUGAUGUUUUAGUUUAAUUAACUUUCAUGUAUUUUAUACAUCAACGUUUUGAAAUAAUAGCCUUACUUAUACAACAUAUAUCUGGGUGCUGUUACAUACAGAACAAUAAUAAAGAUAAUUCAUUAUCAUA